GCGCAGGGUGGUCCGGCGAGGCUACGAGGCGCUCCGCGAGGAGGAGAAGGUCAGUCACUGCUCUCACUAGGAAGCUGUCGGUUUUCAGAGAUUGUGGUUCUUCUUUGCCGAGAUGGGUUGUGUUUUCGUUGCUGCUUUUCUCAUCAUCCUGGCGCAGGUACACUGCCAGGUAGAAUAUGCUGACCACCCGCCGUAUUACCAGCCACCAGUGGUGCCAGUCACGCAGACGGUGACUGUGACGGUGACCCAAACCAUUCGCGUCCCUGUGACGUCCGACGUUUGGGUGAGCACAGCGACUCCAUACACUGUGAGGGUGACGAGUCUCGCCACUGACUACACGUACGUCGCUGAUGACGCGGAGACCGUCACCGCCAUCGUUGCCGUCACAAACACGCCGAUCUCCGUAGUACGCGAGACAAGCUGCAUCAACCCAGUGCGGACGGCGGUGUCUGUCUUCACUUCCUUCUUGACAGAGACGGAGAGGAAGGACUUGUACCACACCGUUACUCACAUCGAUGUUCAUAACGAGGUGAGGGUACUCGUAUCGAUGUUCAUAACGAGAUCAACACCGUGGCUGUACCGUCCGUCCAGACCCUCGUACAGCGGGUUACCACCACCACCAUUCGGCUCGCCACGGUCACAGUCACGUCCACCACCUAUGGCUACUACCAUAGGUGAAGAAACCUUUAGUGCAGCAUACGUGCAACCACGAGAAGAUACAUUAAGUGCAGCAUGGCAUGGUGGCAUGGCAUGGCAUUAAGUGUGCCUGGCAUGGGUCAACAGUACAGCAGCAGCGUUGGGCUUAGCCAGUCCGGGUCAUCCGGCACAGUUGGGAGUGGUUCUGGUUCUGCGUCUUCCCAAGGGUCGUCGACGGACUACCGCACCGUGACCAACAGUGUCUACGUCCAUGGAGGAUACCAUUAAAUACGCUUUCAAGCUUUUUUAUUUUAUGCUAUAACACUUCAUAUAUAUAUUCUGAUGCCGUAUGUAAACAGUUGUUUUUCUUGUGCUGCCAUGUAAAUAAACAUGAGAUACGUGGUU